UUUUUACUGCGGAACGUCGCCUCGUCCAAACAUCUCCACUUUCACACUUGAGAGACGUUCGCCUUGGAAUCGAAGGUGCACAUUGGCUUCGUAAAAUUUUACAGAGUUCUGCGAAAGAGCCUGCAACCGCUGCUCUAGGUGGCAUACCGAUUGGGCUUAAAGCUGCAAUAGAAAAAGAACUAGAACUUAUGAGAUCAUAUGGAAUUACUCCAGUUUUUGUAUUUAAUGGUCUUAGUGUUAUCCGCAAAGACAAACCAUUUUCAGUAGAGGAUACAAGACCAGGAAGACGAUCUCAAGCUUGGGAUAUGUAUGAGAAAGGUCGAAUUGAUUCUGCUUAUAGUCAGUGGGCAAGCUCUGGAUCUAUCCAUCAGCCAGAUUUAUUAUAUUUUGUAUUCAGCGUCUUCAAAGAAAAUGAUGUGGAAUUUAUUCGUGCACCUUAUUCUGCUUGGGGACAGAAAUGCACAUAUUCAUGGCUUGAUAAAAAAUCUAUACUUGUUGACCUUCAAUUAACCGAUGAUCAAUUUUUGGAUGUUUGUAUUCUCGCCGGUUUCGAAUAUUGUGGUACUUUUCCGCCACUAAACUCUGAAUUCAGUGGAUUCAGCUUUAAAGGUGUUCAUGAUCUAAUUAAACAGUAUCGAAACGGUUUUAACGCCGUUCAAGAUGAAGGAAGAGUAGAACCAUUAAACGCGGAGACAUCACCAAGCGAUAUUCAUGAUGUAAUUGGCUAUCGUUUACCGGACGAGGUAUAUUUUUAUUUAUCCAGAGGGUUAAUGUCUCCACAGGUUAUUAAUACUUUGAUAUCAGGUGUUCUUAUUGAAAAUCCGCCCCUAUGCAAUGGCGAAACACAAGAAUAUAGGCAAUUUCUGAAACAAAUACUUGAUCUUCGAACACAAGCAAUGGGCUUACUUACUCAGCCUCUGCACCAGUUUUACCAAUCUAGACGUGUUGUGAGCGUUUAUUGGUUUGAAUCUGGUAAUGAACAUCAAUUAAAUCAUAACGUUGCUCCAAGCGUUCACGAGACAUUAAAUACAUGGAACGUUUUGGAAAGGGGAUUAGAAGAAGAAAAGAAAGCACAAAAGGCUUCUGUUAUUGAUAUUGCUUUUUGCUUGAGGGCAACAGCAACUGAGGAACAGGCUGCAAAGACCAUUAUGCCUAAAAACAAUGAUAAAACUAUUGAUUCUAAAGAUGAAAUUAUAAGUAAUGUACUAUGGAAACUUUUGGAAUUACGGCAGUUUUUAACACAUGCCCAACAUACCCAUACCGUAUGGGGUGUUGCUUUCAAAAAGGCUCUUAACCCUAAGUCGAACACUGAAUCCUAUCACGAGCAAUUAUUUAGUGCGUUAGAACUGAUUAGGUUCGGCUAUCUUCAUGAUGAAGAAAAAAGACAUAUUCUCAUAAUUUCAAGGACUCUUAGUUUAGUUCCUGCAAAAUUCAAAGCUACACCAUGGGUUGGACCUUUAUGUAGAGAAAUGUUGGUUUUUAACAGCUUUGUUAAAGCAUUAAAUCGGUCAUUACGCAAUCUAUGUGAAAUGUUAACUUUAUCGAUGUUUUUGAAUGGUGACUGUGAAAAAGAUCGUCAAGAUUAUCUUGAUAUCGCAUUAAGCCUUCCAUUUUUAUAUGACGCGAAUUGUGGAUUAGGUAUUAUCGCCAAAACAUAUCUUGAAAGUACCAUUACUCUGUCAAAGGAAUCAAAGGAAAAUGAUAGAAACAUCAAGUCAGAUGCACUUAAGAAACUUGAGGAAACCUUUACUGCAUGUAUAAAUGUUAAAGCUGAUCUAGAAAAUGGAUUGAUGUUCUGGGAUGAGGUUUUUGUUGCAGUAAAAUCACUUAAAGGAGUAAUAUCAUCUGACAUUUCAACUCAAUUCUUAAACGCAAAUACUUGGUUGGCUUCUCGACGUCCUUGA